AUUCUAUAUUCGUUUGCGAGGUUUUUUUGCACUGUGCGCGGGUCAAUCAAUAUCAAUCAUUAAUCAAUAAUUAAAGGAUUUUUUAAAGGAAAAAAAAAAAAAAAAAAAAAAAACUAAGAAGAUAAUGUAAAACGUGUGCGAAAAGUGUUCCUUUUCUAAAUAAAAAGGAAAUAAAUAAAGUAACUUUCCAUUCGUAAUCUAAUGGACUGAUUGCCUGUGAUAUUAAUUUCUACUCAAAAAUUUUUCUGUAAUAAGUUUGAGUUUUCAACUUCAUCCAUAAACGUUUACACAAUAUGACGAAGGUACAAGCUCGUACCGUGUUAUGGUAUCUCGUGUUUAUGGGAUUUGCCGUAAACUAUAUGAUACGCAUUAAUCUAAAUAUCACUAUAGUGGAGAUGGUAACUACUAAGAGGGCAGCAACAGCAGUAUUAAAGAUAACAAGAGCAGCUAAUGAAAACAAUGGCACCACAACAAAUCAACUCAUAACUCAUUAUACUGCAGAGCAGUAUUCGAAAUUUUCUUUCGAAAAGCAUUUAUUAAAUUUAGUAAACAUACCGUAUGAAGAUGGAUUUCAUUGGGAUGAAUAUCAACAGGGUUUGGUAUUGGGUGCCUUUUUCUGGGCGCAUUGGAUAACACAAAUUCCCGGUGGAAUUUUGGCGAAAAAGUUCGGCACUAAAGUAGUGUUUGGCUUGGCGAACGUUGUCGGUUGUUGGCUGUGCUUUUUAAUACCGAUUGCUGCCUAUUUAGAUUAUCGCAUAUUGAUUUGGCUGCGUUUAGCUCAAGGUUUGAUUACGGGCUUAGCUUGGCCGGCUAUGCAUGUACUCACUGCUAAAUGGAUACCACCAAAUGAACGCAGUAAAUUCGUUACCGCUUAUUUAGGAAGUUCUGUGGGCAUUGCUUUGUUUUACCCUUUAUUCGGUUAUGUAAUGCAUUGGGCUUCUUGGGAGUGGGUCUAUCAUAUAUGCGGUGUAUUGGGUACAUUUUGGUGGUUGGCUUGGAUGUUCCUCGUAUUUGAUAGUCCAACCCAGCACCCCCGCAUAAGCGAGCAGGAGUUACAUUACAUUGAGAAAUCUUUAGUGGCUUCGCAGCAAACCACUGGCUCGUCAUCGUUGACGCCAUGGAAAUCAAUAUUUAUGUCGCGUCCCGUGUGGAUGAACGUUAUAGCGCAAUGGGGCGGUAUUUGGGGGCUAUUUACAUUGAUGACACAGGCACCUACAUAUUUUCGUGUGAUCCAUAAUUGGAAUAUAACCGCUACCGGAAUAUUGUCGGGCUUACCGCAUUUAAUGCGCAUGCUCUUUGCUCUGGUGUUCUCUAUGUUUGCUGAUUAUCUCCUCAAAACCGAAAGAAUGUCCCGCACUAACUUACGAAAACUAGCUACAGCUGUCUGUUGUAUCGUUAAAGGUCUAAUGGUUUUGGCAUUGGCUUAUUUCGGCCAUAACGCAACAGCAGCCGUUGUUUUAUUGACGCUUGCUACUAUGUUUCAUGGUGCGGUGUCUUCAGGUCCUUUAGCCUCCAUAGUAGAUAUUGCUCCUAAUUAUGCCGGCAUAGUACUGGGUAUAAGUGGCACGAUUGGUGUUUUACCAGGCUUCAUUUCGCCGUAUGUCGUGGGCGUGCUGACAUUAGGAAAUCAAACCUUUGAAUCCUGGAAAAAUGUUUUUCUCAUUUGCUCUGCUAUGCUAAUCGGUAGUGGGAUGUUGUACGUUUGCUUUACCGAUUCCACACUGCAAUCAUGGAACGGCCAUUCCACAUCCAGUGACGAUAAGGAAUCGCAAAAAUUGACUGAUCAUAGAGAUGAAGAUUUAAAAAAUAUUGAAAUAAAUUUAAGUGAAACAGUUGAACAAUUAAGUCGUGGUUAGUAAAUAUAAGAACAACAAAUAAGAAAAA